UGUCCCCAGUUGUGGGUUGAAUAUCGCAGCGAACAGUUGUGUCAUGCUACGCGGCGUUCAGACUAAAACGUGUAGAAUGUUUGUACUUUCAGAACGGAAAAUCUUCUUUUUAUAUCUCGUCAUCGUCUUUUCUAUUCUGUAUCAACCUGCUUGUGGCCGUGUAACAAAGCGCAGUAAAAAGGAAUUGUUUGAGAUAUCUCUUAUUCAUAUCAAUGACUUUCACGCUCGGUUUGAGCAAGUCAGUUUGUCGUCAGAGACAUGUUUAGAAAGUCAAGAAGAAACGUGUUUUGGAGGCAUUGCUCGAGUCGCUACGAUAGUCAAGAGACUUGUGAAUGAACGGCCCAACCCGAUUUUCUUAAACGCUGGCGAUAACUUUCAAGGAACUCUGUGGUACACCAAAUUCAAAUGGAAUGUGACGUCUCAGUUCAUGAACAUGCUGCCGCAUGACGCACUGACACUGGGCAACCAUGAAUUUGAUGAUAAGAUUGCAGGGGUUGUCCCAUUCUUGGAGACUGUGAAUGCCCCAUUUGUUGUGGUCAACAUUGAUGAUUCUGAGGAGCCGUCCAUUCAGGGAAAGUACAAGAAGUCCAUUGUUAUUGAGAGGGGAGGCAGGAAAAUAGGCAUUCUUGGAUACGUUCUUCGCACUUUCUACGAGAUAUCCAGCACAGAGAAACUGAAAUUCCUCAAUGAGAUAGAGACUGUAGCAGAAGAAGCAGCAAAGCUGAGAAGUCAAGGUGUGGACAUCAUCAUCGCAUUGUCACAUGCAGGACUUGAUGUGGACCGUGAAGUAGCAGCUGCUGUGCCAGAGGUAGAUGUCAUAGUCGGAGGUCAUUCUCACAGCUUUCUGUACACAGGAACCCCUCCCUCUAGUGAAUUGCCAGUGGACAGCUAUCCAGUGAUUGUCGAACAAGCUGGAGGACACAGCGUACUUAUUGUCCAAGCUUAUGCAUAUUCCAAAUACGUGGGGAACAUCACAAUCUGGUUUGAUGAGCAAGGAGAAUAUGCAGCCUGGGAAGGGUCACCCAUACUUCUCGAUAACUCUGUUCCAGAAGAUCCAGAAGUUGUUGAAGCACUGAAGCCAUGGAAACAAAUAAUUGACAUCGAAGGAAGCCGUGUAAUUGGGAGUACCAAAGUGUUCCUUGAUGCUUCUAAUGGUGGUUGUAGGAAAGGGGAGUGCAACAUUGGAAAUGUCAUUGCUGAUGCCUUCGUAGAUGAGUGUGUGAAACAUGCCCAACCAGGCUUCUGGACAGGGGCAGCUAUUGGCUUCAUAAACUCAGGAGGAAUCCGAAGUUCCAUUUCUGAAACAGAAGCAGCAGGAAACAUCACAUAUGCAGAACUCAUGACAGCUCAGCCAUUUUCAAACACAGUGGAUAUAAUAGAACUGCAAGGAAAGCAUCUACUGGAGACACUAGAGUUCUCUGUAAGUCGCUUCCAGAGCCUCUACCGAGGAAAUGGACGACAUAAGAGAGAUUUAGAGGCAACAGAAUUCAGUGGUCAGGGAUUCCUGCAGAUGUCAGGUAUACAGGUGACGUUUGACAUGAGUCGACCUGUGAUGGAUCGAGUGGUCAAGGUGGCAGUCAGGUGUGCAGAAUGUCGUGUGCCUGAGUAUGAGCCCCUGGAUCUAGAGAAAUGGUACCGAAUUUCUUUGUGUUCCUACCUUGUGACAGGAGGAGACGGAUAUACGACCAUUGCCAAUAAUUUCCGGAACCAUGUCACAGGACGUGUUGACUCCGAAGUACUGAUGGACUACAUCAGCAGGAACAGCCCCAUCACAACUGGGAUAGAGGACAACAUUCAGAUCCUCCAGGAGACCAGCCAAAGUGCUGGCCCCAUCAAGGAGAACAAAUAUAUUGCACCAUACCUUUUGUUCAUCAUCUUAAGCACCCUGAAAUUAAACUAACUUUCUGGUAGCAGAA